AGGAAAUAACAUUGCAGGAAAGGGGGAUGGGACACUGGGUUUUUAAAUCCUGAAUAAUAAUAAAAAAAAAAUCCUGUCGCGUCGCAGACCGAUGAAAGAAGAUCUUCCACUUCACUCUCCAUCCUCAGAUGAGCUGCUUUCCAGUUCACAGGAGCAACAGGAAGCCGCACAAAGAGUGGACUGCAAAAUCUGUGGCGACAGAGCGUCAGGGUUCCAUUAUGGGGUACAUGCCUGUGAGGGUUGUAAGGGCUUCUUUAGGCGGACCCUCCGGAUGAGACUACAGUAUGAGUACUGUGACCGUAACUGCAAGAUCAAAAAGAAGAAUCGAAACAAGUGUCAGUUUUGUAGAUUUAACAAGUGCCUGAGCCUUGGCAUGUCCCACAAUGCAAUCCGAUUUGGUCGAAUGCCAGAAGCAGAGAAAAGACGCCUUGUUCAGACCCCACCAACUGAAGCAGGAUCUACAGACUCUCCGGUGUCAGACACUGUGGCCCUUUCACAACAGAUCCACUCGUCAUAUAUGCACACGUUUUCCAUGACAAAAAAGAAAGCACGGGACAUUUUGACUGGCAGAAGUAGCAUCUCGCCUUUUGUUAUACAUGACAUGGACACCCUGUGGCAAGCAGAACAAGGAAUUUUGUGGGAGCAAUUGCCCAUGCAGGAUCCCUCAGGAACUGAAAUUGGAGUCCAUGUCUUUUAUCGCUGCCAAUGCACUUCUGUGGAGACUGUACGUGCACUCACUGAAUUUGCCAAGAGUGUUCCAGGUUUCAACACACUCUACCUCAAUGACCAGGUCACGUUGUUGAAGUAUGGGGUCCAUGAGGCUAUCUUUUGCAUGUUGGCCUCGCUUAUGAACAAAGAUGGACUUUUGGUGGCAGGGGGACGUGGGUUUGUUACUCGUGAGUUCCUGCGCAGCCUUCGCCAUCCAUUUUGUCACAUCAUGGAGCCCAAGUUCCACUUCGCCUCCAAGUUCAAUGCACUGGAGCUUAAUGACAGUGAUUUGGCACUCUUUGUUGCAGCCAUCAUCCUAUGCGGUGAUCGACCUGGACUCAUGAAUCCAUCGCAUGUAGAAGAUAUCCAGGAGGGAAUUCUUAGUGCUCUCAGAGUUCACCUGCAAACAUCUCAUCCAGACGCUCCAUUCCUUUUCCCCAAGCUGUUGCAUAAGAUGGCUGACUUGCGUCAGCUUGUGACAGAACAUGCAGAGCUUGUCCAGAGUAUCAAACGCACAGAGACUAGUGCAUCUCUGCAUCCACUACUUCAGGAGAUAUAUAAGGACAUGUACUGAUGGUGUGCACAGGUGUCUAUUUAAUAAUGUGAAGCCUCAAUUUGUCAAAUCAUAGUUUUCUUUUCAAUUUAAUUUAAAUGUAACUUAGUUCUAACACAUUACUAUAAAAUGAUAGCAUAAUACUGUUUCCAGCCUAAUUUCUAAAAUGAUCUUAAAUUUAUAUUUUCUAAUUAACUAUAAACAGAAUGCUCGACCGUGUGAGCCUGGUUCUCACAGUCUUAUUUGGUUCAAUUUAGUGAAGCUAGAAAAUGUAAAUGAUUCUAUAUGAGACCACACAUGUCAUAAGAAGCGAUAUGACCACAGUGCCGCCAGGGAGGUAAAUCUACAUUCAGUCCAAACAAGCAAGAAAUGGUCUGAACCCACAGGGUUUAGUCAUCAGCAGAUUUUAUUAGUCUAAAGUAAGUAACAUUUCGUCUCUGCAAGUGAGCCUUUCUCAUCCCAAUAGCUGAGCCAAUGCAUUGCUUACGUUGAUCUCUAAUAAAGUCUGCUAAGGACUGAACCCUGUGUGCCAAGACAUUUUCUUGUUUUGUUUUUUCUUUUACCAGAAAUGCAUGUAAAUGCAUUUAUUUAGUAUAUGCAUGUUCACUAUCAAACUGGCAAACUAAUUUAUUUAUUUUGCAUUACUGUCUUGAUCGCUAUAGAGUACCAUCAUCAUCAUAAUCACGUGGAGAAUAAUGUGCAAUGCCUACAAACACACAGAAGCAUUAUUUAAUCUUGAGAUCAUGUUUUCAAUCAUUAUAUGGAUGGUGAAGUUGUCCAUUAACCUCUACACUACUAUAAAACUAACCACUUAUGAAUACACUACCUUAACAUGCAUGUACAUGAUGCAAAGAAUUGCACUCUUUGUAAACCUAAAGUCAGCUUGGUUAAUCGUCAAUAUUUCAGUUAAUGCCAGCUUUCAUCAGGACAACUGUGUGUAUAAAUAUGCAAUUUCUAUGGGAAAAGCAAAGCACCCAUUACCACCUCUGUAACACUAAAACAAUGUUCACAAAACAGUAGGUCCAUACAAUGGUAAUGAGGUGCCAGCAAGUUGCCAUAGUAAUCUGCUGUAUUUAAAGUUGGAAACAAUAAUAGAACACAACUACAACAUCACAUAGAGGUUUUCUCCUUCUAUUGGAUUAACAGCAGAAACAGAUGUGUGCUGAACUUUAUGGACUUGAGUUUUCUAAAAUUAUAUGCGUUUAUGACCACGGCUUUCAUGGCACUUUUGCUGUGUGUUCGUUCCACCAUAAGUUUAUACUUUCUCUUGAUAUAUAUAUAGUUUUUAAAAGGAACAUUAUAUAAGAUUUCUGGAAUCCUCCCCCCAUUUUUUAUAACAAAAAUUGUUAAAUUAAUCAUUUACGGGGGGCGGGGCCUGACAGCUAACAUGGCCGGUCGCACAUUUUUAGAGCUCCUGCAGCAAUGGACAAAAUUGUCCAGAUACUGACCAAUAUACAAGCGAUAGCGGGAAACGGGGACCGGUACAAGAUACAGAACGGCAUCAGGAACAAAAUGAUCUCUGUCCGGCACCGGUGCGCCGCGGAAAAACUUAAACUGACCAUGCGGCCUAUACCAGAGCAGAGCCUUGGGACCGGGGGAGGCGGCCGAUCUCCUGGCAUGGGACACGCUCCUAAGCAGAAACCCAUUACAGCCCUCGCUGGGGACGAUUACCCCCACAUGCACACCUGAUCAAGCGACAAAACCUUCAAUCAAGCGGGACCUCAUAGGCCCAGCCAAGAUGGCGGUGCGGAUGCGGCUUGGGACCAAGCACACAUGCAUCAAACCACCCAAGAACACAGGGGUUUUCAUUGACCGGCUACGCACGUAUUUCUGGGCACAACUUAAAGCUAGGAGACAACCCUACAGGCUGGCGAUGAGAGAGGUGGCAGCGUGGAUACGCCCGACCACCCGACGCACCCUACAAUGGAACCCGCCUCGCAGCGCCAGAGCGGCCUCCAGACUGCAUCGGAGCCGAAGCUUGGAAGGGCGGGAAACAGUGCCGGGUCCCUCGAAAGCCGAAACCCACGAUCACAAGCCACGGAACAAGGCCCAAUCUACUCAUUCAGUGGUCCCAACAACCAAAGCGCAGGACCACCACGAGGCACCCAGGCACAAUACAUGCCUGCAAGAUACAAGCCCAAUGCAGAGCUACGAACGACCACAUAACAGACUGGGCAUUGGAUGAACGGGCAAGAAGCCCCGGACUGUCCCUCGGCACAUGCACAGGCGGCACUGCAGACCUAGUCUAUCCUGGUGGACUCCCGACAUGAACAGGUUUCCCAAUAUGCCCCUCGCAUACUUUUACCUUGACUCAGCCUUUGGGACUGUUACAUAGAUGUUUUCACUGCCUAAUAACCCGAACAGCAUAAUAUUGAGUAUCAUAUGUUGUGUAUUACGCGUUGAGUUACAUACUACUGUUUAUUUACUUAGCAAACAAUUCUAUGCAUGAACCUCCCUAUAAUCUUGACACCGCAUCAUUGAAUGACCAUAGCUAAUAGCGCAGACCAACUGUUGUUUUAUGGCACCUUGUCCUGUCUAUCGUGUACCUCACCUGUCCUGAUAAACAGAGCAGGGAAAGGUGCCUGAAAAGCGAUAUCAAUGCAGAUAUGCAUUCCUUAAUGCCUACCUAAUGUGAUACCAUACUAUAAUGACGACCCACCCAAGCAAUGUUAGCACUCUAAGCCUGACAACCAAUGCUUUAACCUCUAGACCUACUUUUAUGUUAUUUCAGUUAAUGUUGCUCUAUCUAUUAUU